UUGAGACGAAAUACAAGCUGAAUGUUGUGCAACAUAGUUUGAUUAGACGAAUGGGGCUCCAGAACAGCAGACUUGUGAAAUGGAUUUGCUGGAUUGCCGUUAUUACGGCGUUCUUCUUAAAUGGUUUCCUAAUAGGCUGGUAUGCAAGACCUACUCAAAGUGAUAGCCAUGUAGCCUUUCACAGUCACCUGCGAGAUUUCCUGGAUGAAAUGCAAGCUGACAACAUCAGGCAGUACCUGAGGAAAUUCACACGGCUCCCUCACUUAGCGGGAACUGAACAGAACCUCCGCCUAGCCCAACAGAUCAGGGAAGAGUGGCUGCAGUUCGGACUGGACUCAGUGGAGGUUGUACCCUAUGAUGUGCUGCUGUCCUACCCCAACCAGACCAGCCCUAACUACAUCUCCAUCAUCGAUGAGCAAGGGAACGAGGUGUUCAGUAGCUCCCUAUCAGAACCUGUGCCCGAGGGCUAUGAAAACAUCUCUGGUAUUGUGCCACCCUACAGCGCUUUUUCAGCCAAAGGCCAGCCUGAGGGUGAUCUAGUGUAUGUGAACUAUGGGCGUACGGAGGACUUUUUUCAACUGGAACGUGAAAUGGGAAUCAAUUGCACAGGCAAGAUCGUCAUCGCAAGAUACGGCAAAAUCUUCAGAGGCAACAAGGUGAAGAAUGCCAUCCUCGCUGGUGCGACUGGCAUCAUCUUGUUUUCUGACCCGGCUGAUUACUGUGCCCCAGGGGUGAAGACGUACCCAGAUGGGUGGAACCUCCCCGGGUUAGGAGCCCAGAGGGGGAACGUGCUGAACCUCAAUGGGGCGGGGGACCCCCUGACACCCGGUUACCCUGCCAAAGAAUAUACAUACAGAUUGAGCAUUGAUAAGGGGGUAGGCCUUCCCAACAUUCCUGUGCAUCCCAUUGGCUACAGUGAUGCUGUCAGUCUACUAAAGAAUAUGGGGGGGCAAAUUCCUCCAAACAACUGGAAGGGGGACCUCAAUGUCUCAUACAGCAUUGGGCCUGGAUUCACCACAGGCUUCACCACACAGAAAGUCAGGAUGAAUAUCCACACAAAUAACCAGGUAACCAGGAUCUACAAUGUCAUCGGCAAAAUCCGAGGGGCUGUGGAACCAGACAGGUAUGUUAUCCUGGGGGGUCAUCGGGAUGCGUGGGUGUUUGGUGGGAUCGAUCCUGUCUCUGGGGCAGCCGUUGUUCAUGAGAGCGUGAGAAGUGCUGGGAAGCUUGUGAAUCAAGGCUGGAGACCCAGGCGAACCAUUAUCUUUGCCAGCUGGGAUGCAGAGGAGUUUGGGCUGCUGGGAUCCACAGAGUGGGCAGAGGACAACUCAAAAUUGCUACAAGAAAGAGCUGUUGCUUACAUCAAUGCUGAUUCUGCUAUAGAGGGUACUUACACCUUGAGGGUAGACUGCACACCAUCACUUCACACUCUGGUGUAUGAUCUCACCAAACAGAUUGCCAGUCCUGAUGAAGAGCAUGCUGGGAUAUCUCUAUAUGAGAGCUGGCACAAAAAAGAGAACUGGACAGGGGAUCGAGACGCACCCAGAAUCAGCAAGCUGGGAUCAGGCAGUGACUUUGAAGCAUACUUCAUACGAUUGGGAAUCGCUUCUGGGAGGGCCAGAUACACCAAGAAUAGGAAAACAGAAAAGUACAGCAGUUACCCAGUAUACCACAGUGUGUAUGAGACCUUUGAACUGGUGGAACGUUUCUAUGACCCCUCCUUCCGGAAGCUGCUGGCAGUGGCUCAGGUCAGGGGAGGUCUGAUCUUCCAGCUGGCUGACUCCCAACUCCUGCCACUAGACUGCAAUGAGUAUGCCAUUUCUCUGAAAAAAUACGCCCACAGCAUCUUUCAGAUCGCUCAGAAACACCAGGCCGACCUGCUCAAGUAUCAGGUCUCAUUCGAUUCUCUUUUUUCUGCUGUGGAUAAUUUCACAACUGCUGCAAGAGACUUUCACAAUCGACUUCCACAUCUGGACAUGACCAAUUCUUUAGAGGUCAGAAUGACGAAUGAUCAGAUGAUGUAUCUGGAGAGGGCAUUUGUGGAUCCCCUUGGAUUACCAGGGAGACCUUUCUACAGGCAUAUUAUUUUUGCACCAAGUAGUCAUAACAAGUAUGCCGGGGAGUCUUUCCCUGGCAUCUACGAUGCCAUGUUUGACAUUGAGAGCUCCAGAGAUCCCGCUGCAGCGUGGGAAGAAGUAAAGAGACAGAUCAGCAUAGCAGCUUUCACUGUUCACGCAGCAGCCACAACUCUCCUGCCAGUGGCAUGAGGACCUCUGCUUUCUAAACGGAGAACAUGCAUCUCCAGUCCUGUGACUAAGGGGGUGG